CUUCAUCUUGCUUUGAUGGUGAAGAUGUUUAAAAUGUAGUACUACCUAUUAGAUUCAAAUGUAGUUAAAUAGAGAUGAAUAAGAGAAUCCCAAAUUUGACACCAUGUAGGUGGCAUUAAGAUAAAAGUUCUGAUGAGUAAGAACCAAAAUGUUCCCUUGGCCUCGGUAUUUAUGUACUGUGAUAUACUAUGUUUUUAGGUUCAGAUAGUGAGCAAUGCUUCUACACCAUUGAUAUCUUAAUAUCAUUCCCGUGUCUCAUCUUGUGAAGCAUUACCAUUAGAUAGAUGGAGAACUUUUCUUCUGACCCAAAACAUCUUUUCACCAUCUUCUUCUUCGAAAAUCACAGAUCUCUGCGUAGUCGAGGCUUUUCUUGAGUUAUGACAUUGUCAUCUAUUUAUCCUCCAGAAUUUUGCCAACAUAACCUUGGCUAUCACAGUUUUGGUGGGAGUUCUUAAAGGAAUCUCCAUCUUCCAAUGUGCAUCAGAGAGUUAAUCAGCCACACAAAAAGGGAAAAACAGGGGAAGCCCUUCAGUUUUUCCAUAUAGUAGAGACAAUCAAUAAGUCUAUACUUAUUUCCUCCUCCCAAAAAACCAGUAUCUGAUCCCUCCCCCAUCCCUUGCAUGUUAUGGCCACCACGGGAUACACCAGGGUGGCCUCGGCUGCAGCAUUGGUUGUGGUGGCGAUGAUCCUCUGCACGGCGAUCCCGGGGGCGGGAGCAACCAUGUUCCCGGAGGUGGAAAUAACGCUGGCUAACGAUGGGGAGAGCCCGGUGUGGUUCAUGUGCCAGAUGACGCAGAAGGGGGACUCCCUGUACGAGCUGCCCCCAAACAGCACGUACCGGUUCAGCUUCACGCACGUGGCCUUCCCGAUGCGGUGGUGCUACAUGUACAUCCACCCGGGCAGCCAGGGCUUCUUCUGGGUGUACACGGUGCGAUCCAGAUGCACCAAGUGCUUCUGGAGCAUCGACAGGCACCCUUCUCUCUACCGCAACGACAUCGGCCGGUGGGAGAGGCAGAAGCUCUUCAUGCCCCCAUCUUUCAAUAUCUCCAAUUUCUUACUUAAUGAAACUCAAUCUGCCAGAUAAGAUAUAUAAUCAAUAUGCACAUCUCUCUAUUUUUUUGUAUUGUCGUGUGAUUGGUUUUGUAUCUUUCCAUCAUUUAUCGUAUAUUGAUUUCAUUU